AUGGCCGACCAACGCUUGGCUAUUCUCGACCAAGCUAUUGCUCAAGCUCAGCAAUUUGCUGGAUCCAUUUUGGGUUUAGUUCAACAACAGCUCUUGGCAUUAGCUCAACAAGCCACACAACAAUUACAAAACU